AGUUGCCGUAAACACCUGCAACGAAGCUUACAGAAACAGGUUGAGAAGUAAAGAGCAGAAAUGGCCACCUCCAUUGCUAAGUCUGGCUAAAAACACCUCUCAGCUAACUAUCCUAUAGGCAACUUCAAGCACCAAUUCACUACUGAUGAUCGUAACUAAGGAAUAAGCUGGUCUCCUAUCCCACUUGGGCAAAAAUUAUUUACUAACUUGGAGGCUGGCUUUGUAAAACCAGUUGCACAACUGCAUCAGACUGGCUGAAGAAAUUUUGAAGAACUGUCACUUCCUCUUGCAAAGACUAUAAAACUUGCUACUACCAAAAAAUCAAAAUGUUCUAGAAGAAGAGACCAUCCCUUGCCAGCCAUUAAAGGUCCACCGACUGUCCUACAGUUACAAUGCCUUGUCUGCUAUGCCCGUCUCUCUUGUGCUGCCUCCUCCUCCUCCUUCCUUUUCCAUUAGCUUCCAGUUCUGCGUCUAAGGGAGACACAGUGGUCAUAACCAGAAGUGGCCCUAUUAAGGGCAAGCGGUUCCUGGCUGGCCUUAGAUCUGUGACAGCCUAUCUAGGCAUUCCUUAUGCUGAGCCUCCCUUGGGGAAGUUGCGUUUCCAGAAACCUCUUCCACAUCAGCCAUGGAAGCAAACACUGGAAGCAACCAGUUUUGGCAAUUCCUGCCCUCAAUUUAUUUUCCGGGACGUCCCUGAAGCAGAUAUAUGGUCUCCUAAAACACCACUGUCAGAAGAUUGCCUUUCCCUCAACAUCUGGGUGCCACAUCCACAACCUUCUUCACCAGUCCCUGUUUUGGUCUGGAUACACGGAGGGGGAUAUAUAAUGGGCACGUCUUCUGUGGACGCAUUAAAUGGGGCACCCUUGGCUGCCGCUGAGAACGUCAUUGUGGUCACCAUCAAUUAUCGCUUGGGAUCCAUGGGCUUUCUGUACUUGCCACCAGCUGCUCCAGGGAACCUAGGCUUAUGGGACCAACAGCUGGCCCUGAAGUGGAUAAAAGAGAAUGCAGCUGCCUUUGGGGGAGAUCCUUCUCGGGUGACCAUUUUUGGCCACAGUGCUGGAGGAACUUGUGUGAAUUUCCAUCUUCUUGCGCCAAAAAGCCAGGAUCUUUUCGCCCAAGGGGUGAUCCAGAGUGGAACAGCCAAUGGCUUCUAUGCUUGGAGGUCUCCCGAGGAAGCCAAACAAAAAGCACUGGAAUUUGUUCAUCUGCUAGGCUGCUCCAAGGGCAAUAAUCCCAGCAUAGUGCAUUGUCUGCAAACAAAAAAUGUUUCUGAACUUAUUCGGCAUGAAAUAGCUCUGUUCUUAAAAGGUGGCUUCCUUGUGAAUUUUCCCUUCAGGCCAACCACAGAUGGGGAGUUUUUGCUUGGUGAACCAGAAAAGCUCAUGGAGGAGGGGCAAAUUCAGGUCAAACCAGUCCUCAUAGGUGAAACCUCUGAUGAAGCAGCCUCAUUUGUCCACUUUGUUUUUCCUAACAUCACCGACAAUCUCAUCAAUCAGGAGCAGCUUCUGAAAGGGAUACAGCUGUUGGUGCCAAAUGCAACUGAAGAUUUUAUUCAGACUAUUGCACUCAAAUACAGUGAAGGAAAUCACGGCCCAGCGAAAUACCGCUCUGCUCUGUCCCACUUCUAUACAGAUCGGAUGUUUGCAUGCCCAAUGAGGGAGGCUGCAGGAAAUAUCAGGAAAACUGGGAGUCCUGUAUAUGCCUAUUUAUUUGCACAUCGCCCUUCAUGGUCAGUUUGGCCUGAAUGGAUUGGGGCAUCUCACGGUGCUGAGAUUCCUUUUGUUUUUGGAACCCUUAAAUCAGCGCUGCCUUUCAAUCAAACAUACACAGAGGCUGAAUCCAGGCUGAGCCGUAAGAUGAUGCAUUACUGGGCAGAGUUUGCCAGAACUGGGAAUCCCACUCGGUCCGCAGCCAGCAAGAAUAAGUGGCCACUCUAUAAUGCCAAAGAAAAGAAUCUCUUCCUUCUUAAUACGAAGCCAUUCCAGGAAAGAGAGAUAGAACACUGUGAUUUUUUAAAGAGGCUUUUUUCAAAGGCUGAAGAGACACAGGUGUCCCAAUGUGAUUUUCUUUCAUCAGACUAAGAAGAAGACAGAAGGUAGGAAUGAGGGGAAUCAAUCCAGACUUCUCUUUAAAGCCUGGGGAAAUGAUGACAAGCUGCACCAGAGAACCUUCCAGAAGCAUCCAUUGUCCUUUCAGGCUGGUGGGAAGUUGGAAGACAAAUAAGGAUACAACUAAAACCCACAUCACUUUUGCUGUUAAAAUAAUAAAUUGCUAGGAGUAAUUUGUUAUAUCUUGAUUUGAGACAGGCUUUUAAUUAAUCCUGCUCCCUCAAAAAGAAUCUCUUAAUAAAUGCUGUCUGAAUUCUUAGGAUAAAAAUCCUUUUAUUUUCACAAUGAAGGGAAAUAGUAAUAAGGAUGUAAUAAAUAAUAGUAGAAUAUAAUAUACUGGAAUACUAAAAUUAGUAGAAACUUGUUAUUCUGUAAACAUUUGUUUCCUGUAACACAAAAAUGCUACAUUAUGCCUUCGUAUUUGUAUUUCCUGUAACUAACUUCCUGUAAUAAACAUAUGCUGUAUUAGGCCUCUGUAAAGUAUCUGAUAUGUUCCUGCCAUCAAUCUGAAUCCACAUCAAUCUUAUUCCUGUUUUUCUUCUGCCAUCCAAAGCCUGGUGCUUAUCUCAGUUUGGAGCCACAUACAUCAUCCCGGGGACAAUUUACACCUCAACCCCACAACUUACACCUUUGAUCUGUGUUGUGAAGCUCUCAGUUCCAUUCCUGCAGCACCAGGGGACCUAGUGGCCAAUUGGGAGAACAAAGGCAUAGUCAAGGAUGAGAUAAGAGUAAUUGGGAGGCAUUUAUCCUUUGCAGGGCUAUUGGAUAGAAACUUAAAUUAGGAGGCUGGAAUUGGGGACUUAACUGGUGCUUCUAACAGUAUAAAAAGGAUGCCAUACCUUCUCUGAGGUAUGGCCUUUCCUUACAUGUCUCUUUUAGUAUAUGUUUGGAAUGGUUUACCCAACUUUUUACUUUUGAUCAAAAUUAAACGCUGAUUCUUUCUCACAA